AUGUCUUCUCUCGACGUACAGCGCACCGGCGCCCCUGCCCCCGAUGUCGAUGUCGAUGUCGAAAAGACCUCCUACCCGGCUUCGGACAAUCUUGAAAAGGCUUCCACUGAUCAGGUUGCCCUCGAACGUCUCGGAAUGAACGAAGACUCAUCCGACGGUCACGUCCAGCGAAACCUCAAGCAGCGCCACCUCUCCAUGAUUGCUCUGGGCGGUACUAUCGGAACGGGCCUGUUCGUCGGUGUCGGUGGAGCUCUGUCCAACGCUGGCCCCGUAAGCACGCUCGUCGCCUACAUCAUCAUGGGUGUCGUUGUCUAUUCCAUGAUGAUCGCCCUCGGUGAAGUCAGCACUCUCCUCGCCGUUCCUGGAGGUUUCACCCACCACGCAACUCGUUUCCUGGACCCCAGUAUCGGCUUUGCCCUCGGCUGGACCUACUGGUACUCGUACGGCAUUACCAUUCCUACCGAGAUUUCUGCGUCGGCCAUCGUCAUUCAGUACUGGGAUGUCGAUCACUCCAUCAACCCCGCCGUUUGGAUUUCGAUCCUCAUGGUUCUUGUCAUUGGUGUCAACGCCCUUGGUGUCAAGUACUACGGUGAAACCGAGUUCUGGUUCUGCCUUAUCAAGGUCGUCGCGAUCAUCGUCCUCAUCAUCACCUCCCUCGUCAUCGACCUCGGUGGUGGCCCUAAAGGCGAUCGCAUCGGCUUCCGCUACUGGAAAGACCCCGGUCCCAUGGCCCAGCUCUUCUGGAGCCCUGAUCCCGUCACCGGCAAGCCCACCGGCGGCAUCAGCGGCGCCACCGGCCGCUUUCUCGCUUUCUUCAACGUCUUUGUCAGCGCAGCUUUCUCCUUCGCAGGUACCGAGAUCAUCGGUGUAGCCGUCGGAGAAACCGAGAACCCUCGCAAAAACGUACCCAAGGCCAUCAAGCGCGUCUUCUGGCGUAUCCUCCUAUUCUACGUCCUCGCCAUCUUCAUGGUCGGCCUCGUCGUUCCAUACAACGACCCGAGGCUCCUCAACGGCGGAAGCGAUGCCAGUGCCUCCCCUUUCGUCCUCGCCAUCAGCAACGCCGGCAUCCGCGUGCUCCCGCAUAUCAUCAACGCCGUACUUUUGACCGUCACUUGGUCGGCGGCCAACUCGGAUCUGUACGCAUCUUCCCGAACCAUCUAUGCGCUCGCUCUCGAGAACAAGGCGCCCGCUUUCCUUCGCAAAUGCACCAAGGCCGGUCUUCCCAUCUGGUCGCUCGCAGUCACGUCGCUCUUCAUCCCGCUCGCCUACCUGUCCUGUGGAUCUGGAGGAGCCGAGCAGGCAUUCGAGUACCUCUACGAUGUGUCGGCCAUCAGCAUCAUCAUCGCCUGGAUCGUCAUCCUCUGCACCUAUGCCCGAUUCUACCACGGACUCAAGUACCAUGGCAUUGCGCGAAAAACCUUACCUUACACAGCUCCCUUCCAGCCGUACCUCACCUACUUUGGCAUCUUCUUCCUCUCCAUUGUCCUCCUCUUCGCCGGCUUCACCGUCUUCCUCAACGGCCAGUGGAGCACGAGCUCAUUCGUCACCACCUACAUCUGCAUCCCUCUCUUCGUUGUCAUGUGGCUUGGCUGGAAGUUCUACCACAAGACCAAGUUCGUUAGCCUCUCCCAGAUGGACUUCGACACUGGACGCAGGGAGAUCGACGACAACGAGGAGGCCGAGAGAAUCAAGGAGUCCCAGCUCGAGCGCUCUACCAUUCAGAAAGUUUGGGACUGGGCAAUGUGA